AUGACAAUAUUCCGCCCCUGCAUAGACCUGCACUCAGGCCAGGUCAAGCAGAUCGUGGGCGGCACCCUCGAUGAGAAGACCCCGAGCUCCCUCAAGACCAACUUCGUCUCGCCUCACCCGCCCGCCCACUUCGCCGCCCUCUACCGUGACAAUGACCUCCGGGGUGCCCACGUGAUCAUGCUGGGGCCCGGCAACACAGAGGCCGCCCGAGAGGCUCUGGCGGCCUGGCCGGGGGGGUUACAGGUCGGAGGCGGCAUCAACGACACAAACGCCGCCGGCUGGAUCGCCGCCGGCGCUGACAAGGUCAUCAUCACGUCCUUCCUCUUCCCAGGCGGCAGGUUCAGCCAGCCCCGCCUCGACGCCGUCCUCGGCGCCCUGGGCGGCGACAAGGAGAAGCUGGUCAUAGACCUGAGCUGCCGGCGCCAGCAGGCCGACAGGGACCCCGAGCCCAGGUGGUUCGUCGCCAUGGACAAGUGGCAGACCAUCACCGAUAUGGAAGUGAACAAAGAGUCCAUACGGCAGCUGGAGCCCUACUGCUCCGAGUUCCUCAUCCACGCCGCCGACAACGAGGGUCUCCAGCGUGGCGUCGAUGAGCAACUCAUCACGAAGCUGUCCCAGUGGUGUACCAUCCCCGUUACCUACGCUGGCGGCGGCCGGAACCUCCAGGACCUGGAUAAUGUGGCCAGCCUGAGUGGUGGUACCGUGGAUUUGACCAUCGGCAGUGCGCUGGACUGCUUCGGUGGCAGCGGCGUGAAGCUGGACGAGUGUGUCGAGUGGAAUCGACGACAGGCAGCAACAUGA